AUGGGGGCUGGGGCCAGCGCUGAGGAGAAGCACUCCAGGGAGCUGGAAAAGAAGCUGAAAGAGGAUGCUGAGAAGGAUGCUCGAACCGUGAAACUGCUGCUUCUGGGUAGGGGUGUGGGCCCAGGUGCAGGUGAGUCCGGGAAGAGCACCAUCGUCAAGCAGAUGAAGAUUAUCCACCAGGACGGGUACUCGCUGGAAGAGUGCCUGGAGUUCAUUGCCAUCAUCUACGGCAACACGUUGCAGUCCAUCCUGGCCAUUGUGCGCGCCAUGACCACGCUCAACAUCCAGUACGGAGACUCUGCGCGCCAGGACGACGCCCGGAAGCUGAUGCACAUGGCAGACACGAUCGAGGAAGGCACAAUGCCCAAGGAGAUGUCGGACAUCAUCCAGCGGCUGUGGAAGGACUCGGGUAUCCAGGCCUGUUUCGACCGCGCCUCGGAGUACCAGCUCAACGAUUCGGCGGGCUACUACCUGUCGGAUCUGGAGCGCCUGGUAACCCCGGGCUACGUGCCCACUGAGCAGGACGUGCUGCGCUCACGUGUCAAGACCACGGGCAUCAUCGAGACGCAGUUCUCCUUCAAGGACCUCAAUUUCCGGAUGUUCGACGUGGGCGGGCAGCGCUCAGAGCGCAAGAAGUGGAUCCACUGCUUCGAGGGCGUGACCUGCAUUAUCUUCAUCGCUGCGCUGAGCGCCUACGACAUGGUGCUGGUGGAGGACGACGAAGUGAACCGUAUGCACGAGAGCCUGCACCUGUUCAACAGCAUCUGCAACCACCGCUACUUCGCCACCACGUCCAUCGUGCUCUUUCUCAACAAGAAGGACGUUUUCUCCGAGAAGAUAAAGAAGGCGCACCUCAGCAUCUGUUUUCCGGACUACGACGGGCCCAACACGUAUGAGGACGCCGGCAACUACAUCAAGGUGCAGUUCCUCGAGCUCAACAUGCGGCGCGACGUGAAGGAGAUCUAUUCCCACAUGACCUGCGCCACCGACACACAGAACGUCAAGUUUGUCUUCGACGCUGUCACCGACAUCAUCAUCAAGGAGAACCUCAAAGACUGCGGCCUCUUCUGAGGUGCAAGUCCCUUACCCUGAGACCCUGUAGCCCUAGCUGCCUUGUAGCCCCAGCCCCCCUGGACUCCUGGGCUCCAGCCUGCCGCACAGCCAGCCACAGACCCAAAGCCUGAGCCCUGCUAGCCUUGAGGCCCAGACCCUCCCCUGUACCCCCCUAAUCCUGGCCCUGCCUUUCACCUUCUGGCUGCAUUGGCCUCUUGGACUUACAGCAGCCAGCCCCAGCUAGGAAAGGGAAGGACUUGGGGCAGCUGGAGUUUGCAGUGACUCAGCAGUGCUUGCCUGACCAAUCUCCUGCAGCUCUCCUGCCCUUGGGAGCCCAUGACUCACCUGGUGAGUCUGGGCUCAGCAAACAGCCCUCCCUCCCAGAGUUUCAUGAAGGGCUGGGGGUAUCCCUCCCCCAAGCAGGCCUCUAUGUGACAAGUCUGAUACUUGUCUACCCAGUGGCUGGUGACUAUCCCUCCCAACAGUUUCAGGGGUCCAAAGUCCAAGCUAGCUCUCUCCUGCAGAUCCUCCACAUAGAUAAAUUAGUGAGUGGGGGACAGAUCUGGGAACCCCUGGGUGCCAGGAAGAGACCCAAGCUAGACCUUUCCCCAAAUAACAGGCUCCCCUAAACCCUGCCCUCCCCCCCCAGGAUCUGCCCCUCUGUCCUUGGAAGCCAGAUCCACACCCUACCUCAUCCACCCACACACAAUACUCUGGGCAGAUCGGUAUUCUGGGAUGGUCUGUUGAUGGAGGGUACUGUUGACACCAGCUAGGGCCAAUAGUUGAGCUGUACUGAGAGGUGGCUGGGGGUAGAGUCCAGCUCCCAUCGAUCAGCCUCAGGCAGAGGAUGCAAGAUUAGAUGGAGACCCAGGCUGUGCCCAAAGAGGUCUACCUCAGUUGAGGUUACAAGCAAACCUAGGUGACUGUCUUGUUCCUGCCACCAGAUUCUCUUGCCCUCUCCAUUCAGGGCCCAUUCCUAGGCAGGGGAAACUGAGGGCCAUGCCUGAACCACUGGGGAUGAAAGCCCAUGUCCCCCACGUCCCUGCUUGUUCCUCAUCAAGCACUGAGUCUUUGC